UUGCCUUCGUCGUCGUCCGCCUGCUUUUCGACUUUGGCGUGCGUGUGAUUGUCGUUUCGCUCGAUUCAAUAGCGUCCUCUCGCUUGCUCAAACGCAAUGUCGUGCCGCUGACGGACUGGCUGGUCAUUGUUAUCUCGCUUUGACGCGAUGUUCGUUCGGUUUCGUUCGCUGUAAAAUGUGUAAAGUGAUUUUUGCCUGCGCUCGUUUGGGGCGAAGUCGAAAAUGCUCGAAAAAGUUUUAUAAAUAAAAUGCUGCAAUUUAAUAUAUACAAAAAUUAUUAACCAUACAAAAUGCAGAAUUCACCUGACAAUUAUAUUGUGUACUUUCCGCGAUUAUAUAAAAAGAAAAAGCACGCUGUGCAACCAACACGCGUGAAUUGAAUUAAAGGAAGCCUAACCGAGACUAAAAUGAAUAAUGAUGCGAAAAAUCAUGAUGGCGAUGACUUGAACUUGAAUUUGAAUAACGUGCGCUCUGCGUAUUUGAACAAAAAAACAAAGACAACAACAUCUACGAAACCAGUAGCAGCAGCAGCAGCAGCAACAACUAUAACAACACAAAUCGAAGCAAUCAACGCAAGAACACAAGCAACUGCACAAAGACUUGCAGCAGCAAAGAACAACAAUAACAACAGCAACAACAACAACAAUAAUAACGUUGUAAGGCAGGUUAAUUACACCGGUCCGCGUAUUCCAGUCGCUCGAAACUCGAUAGCGGCUGCGCUCAUUGCGAACAAUAUUAAGAAUACCAACACCAACAACAUCAACAGCAGUAGUAGCAGCGGCAAGAAGAAGAUUGCCAAGCAUGAGGCGGCGGCUGUUGGUGCCAAGGAUUUGACAACAACAACAACAGCAGCAACAACUGCGGCAGCAAUCGAACGCGAGAACAACGCAACUGCUGCCAUUGUGGCUGAGUUAAGCCAAUUGAAGAAGAAGAGUGCUGCCAUCGGCAACAGCAGCAAUAACAACAACAACUCUAGCGCCAGGUUAAAAGUUAACAGCAACAACAGCAACAGCGUGUUAGCCACUGCCAAUACUAACAGUACUACCAGUAACAACAACAACAACUCCAAAAUGUCUAAAACGGCUGCCAGUAAAACAAGCGCCCAAAGCGAAGCGGCUGCAUCAGCGUUCGUUACAGCUGGAACCACCACGCCCACAGCCACGCCCAUGCCCGCCACCACAGCAACCACAACAACAACAUCAGCAGUAGCUUCAGCAGCAGCAGCAAGUGAAACAGCAACCACUACAACAACAACCACAACAAUGAAUGCACCUAAAGCGGCCGCCAAUGCCGCAUCAACAACUGCCGGUGCGGCUGCCAAAUUUCGAGCGGCUGUUGCCUCAGCGCCUACGCCCAGUAGCUCAAAGAAAACGCGAGCUUAUGCAGCCCUUAAGCGUCAGGUAGCUUUGCAACAGCAACAACAACAGCAGCAACAGCAACAAACGCCCUCUACAACCGCAGCAACCGGAACAACCUCAAGCGGUAAAACGGUUAUUGGCAAAGAUUCAGCGCAUUUAAAAUUCGCAGCAACAACUUUGCUAAUGGGCGCCGCUGCCGCUGCUGCCGAUAGCAACGCGGGCGCUGCUGUUGGACUCGGAUUUCCGUCACAAUCGUCGAGCAGUACAACAACAAGUGCAAGUGCGGCAACAGCUGUCGCCGUGCUCAAGCAGAAGCUGAAGGACGUUGGCGCCAUCUCGCAUGCUGCCGCUGCGGCGGCAGCUGCUGCCAACCGUUCAGCCUCAUCAUCAACGUCAUCAAACUCAUCACCAUUGUCAUCGUCGGUGGGAAUUGUGAAUGCGAUAUCAUCGGCGUUGCAGAACAUCAUUACAACGGACACCGACACGGAUACCGAGUUCUAUCCACAGCCCGUUACCACAGAUCUUUCCGAAUCUGAAGAGGAGUCCGUAUCAGAGAUCCUAUUGGCAUUCUUGUGUUUAAGGCCAGAUCUCCUGGAUGAUAUACAGGAGUCCGACCCCGAUAGCUGUCCGCAUGAGGAGGCCGAAGUUCGGGAAGAUGAGGACGAAACCGAGGAGGACUCCGAGGACUCUGAUGAAUCUGAAGGUGAUGACGAGGAAGAAGACGAAGAAAUCGAUGUUCUGCAGGAUAACGAUGCAGAUGAUGAGGACAUCGACGAUGAGGAUGACGACGAGGAUGCGCCAGAGGUUAAGAACUUUCUGCUUGAGUCCAACAACAAACGCUCGAGUAAUCUCACCGCCUUGCUGGAGGCUGCCGCCAAUGAAAAAGCACCCGUACUGCGCCAUGCCACCCACGCAAUCGACGAAACCAAGCAGGCGCUAACCAAAAUGCGUUGUGCCAACAGCCCGCGAGAUAAGAAUAGUGCUUUCUCGCGCAGCCUUGCCCAUGCCUGCGCGGACAAUGAUGUCAACACAGUGAAGCGAUUGCUGUGCAAGGGCAACAUGAACGAUGCAGCUGCCUCAACGGAUGAGGGCGAGUCAUUGUUGUCAAUGGCUUGCUCCGCGGGCUACUAUGAGCUGGCACAGGUUUUGUUGGCAAUGUCAGCCGCUCAAGUGGAAGACAAGGGCCAAAAGGACUCAACGCCGUUAAUGGAAGCUGCGUCAGCUGGACAUUUGGACAUUGUUAAACUGCUGCUCAGCCAUAACGCCGAUGUGAAUGCACACUGUGCCACUGGCAACACGCCCCUAAUGUUUGCCUGCGCUGGCGGUCAGGUGGACGUGGUGAAAGUGUUGCUUAAGCAUGGCGCCAAUGUUGAGGAGCAGAAUGAGAACGGACAUACACCCCUAAUGGAGGCCGCAUCCGCUGGCCAUGUGGAAGUAGCCAAGGUGCUGCUUGAACAUGGAGCCGGAAUUAACACCCACUCCAAUGAGUUUAAGGAGAGUGCACUGACAUUAGCUUGCUACAAGGGCCAUCUGGAUAUGGUGCGAUUCCUGCUACAAGCUGGCGCUGAUCAGGAGCACAAAACGGACGAGAUGCACACAGCACUCAUGGAGGCUUCAAUGGAUGGUCACGUGGAAGUGGCACGUUUACUAUUGGACUCUGGUGCGCAAGUCAAUAUGCCAACUGAUUCGUUUGAAUCGCCGCUCACUUUGGCAGCCUGCGGAGGUCAUGUAGAGCUCGCCACACUGCUAAUUGAGCGUGGAGCCAAUAUUGAGGAGGUGAAUGAUGAAGGCUACACGCCCCUUAUGGAAGCAGCACGCGAAGGACACGAGGAAAUGGUGGCACUGCUACUCAGCAAGGGCGCCAAUAUCAACGCCACCACCGAAGAGACCCAGGAAACCGCACUCACGCUGGCAUGCUGUGGGGGUUUUAGCGAUGUGGCUGCCUUUCUGAUCAAUGGUGGGGCCAAUCUGGAGCUGGGUGCAUCCACGCCUCUAAUGGAAGCUUCACAAGAAGGUCACACCGAACUGGUGCGCUUUCUGUUGCAGAACAAGGCAAAUGUUCAUGCUGAGACACAAACCGGGGACACAGCGUUAACUCAUGCCUGUGAAAAUGGGCAUACAGAGACUGCUGGCGUACUGGUGUCGUAUGGCGCUGAACUAGAGCACGAGUCUGAAGGUGGACGAACUCCACUGAUGAAGGCUUGUCGCGCCGGUCACUUGUGCACCGUCAAGUACCUCAUACAGAAGGGCGCUAAUGUCAACAAGCAGACGACCAGCAAUGAUCACACUCCGCUAUCGUUGGCCUGCGCUGGUGGACAUCACUCUGUGGUGGAGUUGUUGCUCAAGAACAAUGCGGAUCCUUUUCACAAGCUCAAGGACAACAGCACGAUGCUGAUCGAGGCCUCCAAAGGGGGCCAUACACGUGUCGUGGAGCUGCUCUUUCGUUAUCCGCAUAUCUCACCCACAGAACUUGCUGCUGGCGCAAAUGCUCAGUCUGCGAAUGCACAGGCUGCCAAUCAAAUGCGUCUAAUCACCACACAGCAGCAAAAGUUACUGCAGCAGCAGCUACAGCAUCAACUUCAGCAGUUGAAUGCUCCACCAGGUUUACACGAGUUGUCUGAGGCGGCACGCGCAAGUAAUCAACAGCAGAUGUUCCAUCAGCAACAAUUCAGUGGCAGUUCCCCCAACAACAUUGUUGCCCUGGGCCCUGGUGAAUUUCUAGACGCUAGUGAGCUUCAGCUCACGGCGGCUUCAGCUGCUGGCAACAGUGAUGCAUCUGUCACAGAGGAAUAUGUCUCUGCGGUGGGUGGUGCCGGAGGAGGCGGCAUUGAUCUGACCACACUUAGCGCACAGCAACAGGAGGGCCUUAUUGCCAAAUCUCGUCUAUUUCAUCUGCAGCCUGGCUUUGAUCAACAGCAGCAAGCAACACUGCCAUCAUCUGGGGCACAACUGGUGCCUUGCAAGCACUUUGAUCUGGAUAUGGAGCACAUUAACUCGCUAACGCCACCGCAAAAGGCACCACCAGCGCCCCCUGUUCUAUUCCAUACCGUUUGCCAGCAGCCCGUAUUACAACAACAACCACCACCACCACAACAAUUGCACCAGCAACAGCCAAAGCUCAAAGGCGUCGGUUCCCGCAAGAAUCGCCAGUUAAUGAACGAGCUGAAAUCCAUUGAUUUACCAUUGGAGGCCAUUGAUUUGCCGCUAGAUCAGCAUUCCGAGCAAAUCCGCACACAGCCUCUUGGUGAGGACGAUAAACAACAACAACAGCAGCAGCAACAGCAGUUUGCCUGCGCUGGCGAGGAUGCGCGUCUGCAGAGGCGACGAGGCUUCGAUGCACCUUGCGAAGGUGGUGAAAGCAGCGAGGUAACCAUGGAAGCCACUCCGAAAGGUGCCGCUGUCAGCGAUAGCAAUACAAGUUCAUCCAAUGCUACCGAAAAUGGCUCACAAAUGCCAACACGCCAGACUAGCGGCUCCAGCACCAUCACCCACUCUUCGGAGGUGCUGCAGAGCACUGCAAUAAGCGAUCGACCCAAGGUGAAGGCCAGCAACAAGAACAAUCGCAAACUGGCUGCUGCUGCAGCAGCGGCAGGCGCUGCGGCAGCCUCAGCAGCAGCGGCAGCACAGCAAGCUCAAUUAUUGCCAAUGCAGCAGAAUCAAAUGGUGUCCAUCUACAAUAAUUUGCAAUUGCAACAGCAACAGGAGCUCCAGCUGCAGCAGCAAAUGCAACAAACUCAGCUACAACUGCAGCAACAUCUGCAACUGCAUCAUCAUCAGCAUGCCGCCUCUGUUGUGGACUACUCCAAUUCACCAGCCUCGCCGAUGGCGUCACCCACUGGCGGCAGCAGCAACAGCUUUACCGAGCAGCAGCAGUCGCCCAUGGAAGGCGUCGGGAGUGAGAUGCUACAGCAGAAAUCCGCUAUGGAGGACUUUCGAGGAUUGCUUGAGACGGCCGUUAAUGAUUCGAGGGGUGGACAUUCCACUCUGGCAUGUUUCAAUGAUAAAUUGGCCAAGGCGCCGAGGCUAAAGUUCUUGCAGGAUGGCUGGCAAAUGCACAACUUUUUUGGCGAGCAACCCAAAUCGCCGACUGAGACACCGCCAGAUAUGGAGGAUACAAUCAUGUCUGUCAUGUCAUCGACUAUGGAACGUGUUGAAAAUCGGGCUGAGAUGAAAAACUUGGCCACACUCUGCUCCGCUGCAGCAAUGGCUGCUGCUGCAACAUCGGCAACUGCGGAUGUGGAGAGCGAUGAGGGAGAGGUUGAUGGUGAGGGUGAAGAAAACACGCUGCCACCGGAACCCAUUGAGUUGACGGAUACCAUCAUCGAGGAGGAGGAAGUGGACGAUGAAGAUGAUGAUGAUGAUGAUGAGCAGGAUACUCAGAGCGGUGAAAUUGAGAAAAUUGAAAUUACCUACGAUGACGAUGAUGCCGAUGCCGAUGCAGAAGUUGAUUAUAUCGACGAAGACGAUGUUGGCGAUGAUGACGACGAAGAUGAUGAUGACUUUUUCUUGGACGUCAAUGUUGCUGUUGGCGAUCAGAGCGACACAAACUCGAAAAAUGGAGCUGCUCUACCGCCAAAACAGCGUAAAAUGUCAACCAGACUGGAGAAUCUAAUACUAACAAAGCCAGAUAUGUUGACCCAUUCAUUGUGUGAUUUUCGUCAGGAUAUGCCCAACUCGGAGUUGAUGCUAAACAAUGCGGCAUUAAACACUCUGCUUCAACAGCAAUUGGCAGCAGCUACAGCAGCUUCAGUGCAUGCCAAGGCUCAUAACCAGCAGCAGCAGCAACAGGAUUCCGAUCAGUGCGAUGAUGCGGCAAAAGUAGCAGCAGCUGGAGAAUUGUAUGCCGGUCUGGAGCACUUUACCAAUGAUGGUGGUGAUGGCGCACAGUAUGAUAUAAGUGGCGAAAUGGAGGAUAUAUUCCAGGAACUGGCCAGCAAUCUUCAUUAUCCAGAACUGGCCGAGUUUAGCCUUAAUCAAAUGUGCAAGGGCAGAUUUACCGGUCAUUGGUCACAAACGCCUGGCAAGUGGGGCGGACAGGAGCAGCUAUUGGCAGUGGCAGCGGCGCAGCAUUCGCAGGCAUUAUUGAAUGUUGGCGAUGCACCAACGGACGCACAACAGCGUCAGGCGAACAUUGUUCUCUUGGACUACCCCAUGCAAUCGCAGCAGUCGCUACAGCAGCGUUUACUCGAUACCGAGGAGCUUCAGCAUAUGCAGCAUCAGCAAACACCAGUUGCAUUGCUGCCGUUCUCUGCAGAGAAUGCCUCAGCUGUUGUUACCACACAACAGCAGCAACUUCAUCCAGCACUGCCCAACAGCGCCGAGUUUCAGCUUCAGCAUCAGCAACAGCAGUUGUCAUUGGAGAGUGAUCCAGAGUUAAAACAGCAACUGCAACAGCUGCAGCAUUUGCAGCAGCAGCAACAACACUCGAAUGCGCGCAUAAUUAAAGCUGUCGCAGCGGCAGCCGGUCAACAACAACAACAGCAGCAGCAGCAACAACAACAACAACAGCCAGCCACAAACUUUGUUUAUAAUUUGGAAAGCGGCGACAAGAGUACGCCGCCAGUGCAGUUACUCUUUCAACUGCCACCAGCCAUGUCACAACAACAGCAGCAGCAGCAACAGCAAUUGGGCGAUCAGGCCACAGAUCAGCAUCAGCAACAAUUAGCGCACUCUGAUCCGCAGCAGCCUCACAUGUUUCAGCAUCGCGCUGAACGAUUGCUUCAGCAGCAGCAGCAGCGACCACCGACACAAAGCGAAUUGGAGCAGGUGGCCCAGGAGUUGAUACUGCAGCAGCGGCAAUCACCCGCCAUUGGUCCUGUUGUUGGUGUUCAGGCAUUGCCAAUGCCCCAGAGUUUGAAGCAAAAACACUUUAAUUUGCAAGAGCAGCUCUUGUUGCAUCCGCCACCGCAUAUGCAGGCUCCUACAUGCGUACAGCAUCAGGUGGCCACACAGACGCAUACUGGCUCCGUGGUCGUGCCCCAGCAAUAUACACAAUUUGCUUUACAGCAGCAACAGCAGCAACAACAGCAACAACAGCAGCAGCAGAAUGAACUCUCCAACUGGCCAUUGACCACGCCCAAUUCAUCAGCUGUAGCAACAGCAGGUGGCGCAACCAAAUCAAUGCCAGGCGGCAUUGCAAAGAAGGCAAUUGAUAAGCAAUCUCGCAAAGAUCGACGCUGUUCCGGCUUUCGACAAACGCCAGCGGGCAGUCAAGUUAACACCAACAUACAUCAACAGCCGGUGGCGGCAGCAACGGCAGCAGCAGCAGCAGCGGCGGCUGCACAACAGCAGGCACAACUGCAGAAUCAACUGGCGGUUGCAGCAGCUGCAGCUGUGGAUAAAACAAUUGAAAUUGAUUCGGAAACCGAAUCGAAUCAUGAUACGGCAUUAACUUUGGCCUGCGCUGGUGGCCACGAGGAGCUAGUGGAACUGCUUAUAAGUCGAGGGGCAAACAUUGAGCAUCGCGACAAGAAGGGUUUCACACCCUUGAUACUGGCCGCAACCGCAGGACAUGAAAAGGUUGUCGACAUUCUGCUCAAGCAUAAUGCGGAGCUGGAGGCACAAUCGGAACGCACGAAGGAUACACCAUUGUCGCUGGCCUGUUCCGGUGGCCGUUACGAAGUUGUCGAGCUGCUGCUCAGCGUGGGCGCCAACAAGGAACAUCGUAAUGUCUCGGACUAUACACCACUCAGUUUGGCCGCCAGUGGUGGCUAUGUGAACAUUAUCAAACUACUGCUUAAUCAUGGAGCCGAAAUCAAUUCGCGCACUGGCAGCAAACUUGGCAUUUCGCCUUUGAUGCUAGCUGCCAUGAAUGGACAUACGGCUGCAGUUAAGCUGCUGCUGGAUCAGGGAUCCGAUAUUAAUGCUCAGAUUGAGACAAAUCGCAACACGGCAUUGACGCUCGCUUGCUUCCAGGGACGCCAUGAGGUGGUCAGUCUUCUGCUCGAUCGUCGUGCCAAUGUUGAGCAUCGCGCCAAAACUGGUCUAACCCCUCUAAUGGAGGCUGCAUCCGGCGGUUAUAUUGAUGUUGGCCGUGUGCUGCUAGACAAGGGCGCAGACGUGAAUGCAGCUCCUGUGCCCACAUCGAGGGACACAGCAUUAACCAUUGCUGCCGACAAGGGUCACCAGAAGUUUGUGGAGUUGUUGUUGUCACGCGCCGCCAGUGUUGAGGUGAAGAACAAGAAGGGCAACUCACCGCUGUGGCUGGCCGCACAUGGUGGUCAUUUGAGUGUCGUGGAACUGUUGUACAAUCACCAUGCGGACAUAGAUUCACAGGAUAAUCGUCGUGUCUCCUGCCUGAUGGCCGCUUAUCGCAAAGGUCACACUAAAAUUGUCAAAUGGAUGGUCCAGUAUGUGUCACAAUUUCCCUCGGAUCAGGAAAUGAUCCGUUUCAUUGGAACCAUCAGCGAUAAGGAGCUGAUUGAAAAGUGUUAUGAUUGCAUGAAAAUCCUACGCUCUGCCAAGGAAGCUCAGGCAGUCAAGGCCAAUAAGAAUGCCUCCAUAUUGUUGGAGGAACUCGAUCUGGAGCGUACACGCGAGGAGAGUCGCAAGGCAGCCGCUGCACGUCGUCGCGAGCGCAAGAAGAAAAAGAAAAUGGAGAAGAAGGAGGAGAAACGGCGCCAACAACAGGUCAGCAAUGGAUCCAACGCUGGCGAUGAUUACCAGCAAGGCGAUGAUGAUGAUGCCAGCGACAAUGACAAGGACGAUGACAGUGACAAGGAUGAUGAUGAUGACGAAGCGCCACCUACACGCGAGGAAGGUGACUCUGGCAUUGAUCAGGGCUCUUGCUCCAGCGGUGAUACAAAGGCAGCGCGCGCCAUGUCUAACCAGCCAGAUCAUGCCAAUGUCAGUGGCAAUGCGUCAGCCAAGAAGACCAAAAAGCAGCAGCAACAGCAAAAGAACAAGGCGCAGCAACAGACUUCACCCAGCGAAGCAGCCGCAGCAGCAACAGCUGCAGCAGCCUCAUCCACUCCUCUUAACAAGUCUGGUGCUAUAGUUAAAAAGAAUCCUGCCACUGAAAGCGUUAAAUUGCCGUCCAGCAGCAGCAACACUCACCAAUUGAUUGGUCAGCAAUUGAAGCGCCAAGCGGAUAUUAAACGCGAGGAAGCACUGGCAACAACAACAGCAACUGCAGCCAUUCCACAAGCUGCCAUUAGUAGCAAGAAAACCAACAAGGAAAUGGCUAAUAAGCGGGAGAAGGAAAAUCUGGCUCCCAAGGAAUCAAUACCAGCCCCAAAAUUACAGACAGCGGCAACAGCCACUAAACUCCAGGCGGUCAGUAAUGAAUAUGUCAGCAACAUUACAGCACGCAAGGAUGUCAGCAAGUCUGGCAGCUCAGCAGGCGGCACGCAGGCCAAACGCAGCGAAGUUGACGGCUGGAAGGAGGUGGUGCGCAAGAGCAGCACCCAGCAAACGACUGUCGUUAACUUAGCAAGCGGUACUCCAUCGUUGGGCGUAGGCGCAAGCAGUACCAAUGUGACGCCCAACAAUUCGACGACCAGUGUGAGCAGCAGCAUCGGUGGCCAGCAUCCACAGUCGGUGAGUAGCUCCAGUUCCAGCUCCUUGGUAACGUCCGCUCCAGAGAUGACAUGCAAGAAGGUGCAGGUGCCAGUAAAUGCCAUCUCUCGUGUGAUUGGACGCGCUGGGAGCAAUAUUAACGCAAUACGCGCCACAACCGGCGCCCACAUUGAGGUGGAGAAACAGGGAAAGAAUCAAUCGGAGCGCAGCAUAACCAUUAAGGGUUUAACCGAUGCCACCAAGCAAGCUCACAUGCUCAUCCUAUCGCUGAUUAAGGAUCCAGAUGUAGACAUCUUGCAAAUGUUGCCGCGCAUCAACAGCAGCAUCAAGGCUGGUGCAACAGGCGCUGCAUCUGCCACUGCAACAGGAGCAGCCGCGAAUAUCUCCACGCCCAUGACAGUGGGCACCUGGGAUAAUCGCACGGCUGCCGUAACAUCCGCAUCGGCUGUGGGCAAUUAUUCCUCGGCUGCCUCGACGACAUCCACGUCGUCGAGCUCAUCUGCCAGCUCAACGCCGGGCGUUGCUUAUAGCAAUGCAACAGCGCACAAUGCGAAGCAGCAGCAGCAACAGGCUACGCCUGGUAGUGGCAGCAAGACUCAAAGUGCACGUGGUGGUGCCUCCAAAUCGAACGCCGCCGGCGGCAAGGCAUCCAGCUCAACGCGGGGCCAGAGCAGCCGUGCAUACACUGGACAGCAGCAGUCGACACGCACUGGAACUGGUGGUGGUGCAUCCACUUCGUCAAACGGCACGACCUCGGCUCAAGUGGCUAAAGCGAAGCAGGAGAAUGUCACUUUGCUGAAAUCCACAUCGACAUUUGCCCCUCAAAAGGGUUCUGCAGUUACCGCAGCACCCCAAGGCAAAUCAUCCCAGAGCUUUGGCAUGAAGGCAAUGCCAAGUGUGAUGCAAUCACCCAAAAAGCUCGAUACACCGACCGGUCUUGGCUCGACGAGUGGACGCAACAGUGGCGGUGUCGUUGUUGCACCGUUUGGACGUGGCAAACCAGUGGGUGGAGCAGCUGUUGGUGUUUCGCAGCUGGGCAGCAGUAGCAACAACAAUAACAUGAUCAACAAUACAUUGGCUGGACCAAUUGGCACUUUCAACGUGGCCGAUGUGGCCGCCGUUAAUGCAGCUGCUGCAGCCGCUGCAGCGAUCAACAGCAACAUCAACAACAACAACAGUAAUAAUAACAGUGGAAAACCGCGUGCAGUUACGCCCAUUGCACCGCCCAGUAAGCGCAACAGUUCACCAACACCACAGCAACAGCAGCAACAACAACAACAACAACAACAACAGCAUCUUCAGCAACAACAACAGCAACAGCUUCAACAACAGCAACUACAACAGCAGCACCAGCAACAACCGCCGCUACAACAGCAACAACAGCCAUCGCAGUUGCAAUCGCAAACAAACAACAAUCAGCAUCAGAAUCUUGUGAUCAAUACAAAUUCAUUGAAUGAUCUAAUGGCUGCCGAUAGCUUCAGUGCACAGCUGGCUGCAAAGUUGUCCAGCGCUUAUUGUCUCUUCAGCGACUAUCAGCAGUCGCAGUGGGGCAAGUUGGGAGUCGAUGGCAGCACUGCAGUUGGCGGUACGGUCUCUGGUGCAGCUGCAGGCUGUGGCGUCAAUGCAAUGGCUGGCGAUGUACUGCCACAGGCGGAUGCCUCCAAAGCGCCAGGAUACAAUCGCAACAUACUCAGCUCGCCGGUUGGCAGCUCAAAGGCGUCAUCGAAUCAUUCGACAUCGCCACCAGUUGGAAAUGUUGCUGCCGCUGUCGCCAUGCAACAACAGCAGGUACAACAGCAAAGUCAGAGCCAGCAAGCCCUUAACAUAAUCACAAGUGGUGCUGGCGGAAGCAACACAGCGGCCAGGUCACCACUGGUAACAGAAACACAAGGCGGUGGCAAUGCAUCCGUCGGAGUUGUGUCGGUCAAUGGAGCACAGGGACAUGGCGAUGUCAAUAAUUCAGCGCCAUCUCAUUCACCGGGCGUCAUCAAGCCACCAACGGCUCCAAUACAAAGACCUCCGCACGCCAUGCAAAUGACCGCACCGGAACCAACAAGCAACAACAACUUCGGAUCAGCAGCCGCUGCAAUGAUUGAUCGUCAGCAGCAGAAUCUGCAGCGUUUGCUCUUUGAUAAGGUUGAGCAGCAACAGCAACAACAGCAGCAACAACAACAGCAGCAGCAGCAACAACAACAACAACAACAGCAGCAGCAGCAACAACAACAACAACCGCUUAACUAUCCCAUGGAUCCAUCAACGCCUUAUAUGGUGGAUGGCAUGAUGCGUCUGAACUCUCGACCUGCACCAUUUGCUCAGGGCAACAACAAAUCCCAGCAACAGCAGCCACCAAGUGUAAAUCAGGCCCAAUCCAUAACACUGUCCAAUAUGUUUUCAAACCAGGCCAGACAAGCUCCUAGCUCACGGAAUCAUGGCGCCUCGGCUGUGGGCCAACGCUGGUAUGGUGGACAAUUGGAGUAUCCAGCUUAUAGCGGUCGUGAUAUGCUGCAUCUGGAGAAUGGCGGCGGCGGCUUGGCGGGCCUUAGUUCACCAUCUGCCAUGUCACCCAACCAUGAUGACAUUCGCAAGAUGCCGCGACCCAUUGGUACCGAGCGUGCUGCCUCCUGGAAGUAUAACUUCAAUUCGGGUGCCUCGGCGCUCAGCAUGGACGAUGCACUGGGCAGUGCUAUGCCACCAUGGGCACAUGAACUAAAGGCACAACCGCCAGGUCUUCAACAGCAACCGCAGCAACCGCCCAACUGGAUAAAGCAGCAAUACAGGCAAUAUAACAAUGGACUCUAUCCGCAACGGCACGACCCAAUGAAUAUGCCAAUGGAUUACCACAAUAUACAACAGCAGCAACCGCCACCGCCGCCACCGCAGCAGGUGCAUGUUAAUCUGAUGCCAUCAUCGUAUGGCUUUCAACCCUUUGUUGGCGCACACGGUGCCUCAGAUGUGUCGGGGCAUUUGCCCGACAAGGUGGAAGUGUGGGAACACCACGACAAGCACCAGCCAUGGGCAAAUUACACCACAAAUUGGUCAAAUUGAUGCUCUGGUGAGCAGCAGUAGCAGCAGCAGCAGCAACAUGCAACUGCAGCAGCAACGGCAACAGUUGCCGGCGAAUGGAAGGCAGCUUGGUAUACAGGAGAAGAUUAGAUCACAUACAACAACAAGGACAGGAAAGAUAAAGUGCACAGCAACUACAAUAAACGGUCAGAGCCGCAAGAAAUGUGAAAAUGAUAUUGAUUUUUUUUUUCAACAUUUGCUUUGCGGCAGCCACACACAAACACACAAACAUUCACACUCAGAUACACAUCCACAGCAAGCAUAUAUAAACUCGACAACAAUCAUCGAUCAACUCUCAAAUGCAGCGAAACAACAACAACCAGACUCUUGGCCUUGUUCAUUAUUUUUUAACAAUUUAAUUUUUCUUUCGUUGGGCAACUAUUUAAAUUCACAGGUAACUUGAAAUUUGGUCAAGAUUAAUUAUAAUACAAAUGAGGAAACUAGCAAGAACUAAACAUAAUUAAACACACAUGCAUACACACACACACCCACACAUACGCAUAAGCGCACACACAUGCAUAAAUAUUUACACAAACCGAAGACAGAAAUCAUGGAAAAAAAUAUAUAUUAUUUAUUUUAAAUGUAAUUUGAAUAAUUUGAUAUUCCUUGAAGUAAAGAAAACAAUUGUAUAACUUAUUAUUAAUACGUGUGAUUAAACGAAGCAUAAAUCGCAAAAAGCUAAAGGAAAUCUGAAGGAAACUAAAGAAACACACGUGUAUAACUUUAAGCUAGAAGUCAGACUUAUGAAUGAAACAUUUAAAUGAAAUUAGCGAAAGCUAAAAACCAUUUACACAAACACUAAACCGAUUAUAUAAUAUAUAUACAUAUAUUCAUAUUUAAUAUUAAUUAAUAAACAAAAAAUGCAACAACCUGAAUGUCAAAACUUUAUACAUAAUAUAUGUGCGUGUGCAGUUUCUCCCUUACGCACUUUCUCUUAACCACUUGGGAGAAGGCGACAGGUGCCAGGGGAUGAAUAUGCAAUAGGAAUGCUAAAAUAUAACGAAAUCGACAAGCUGCAGCUGCAAUAAAAAUGCUUGCAAUGAAAACAACAUGAACAACAACCGCCACAACAGUAAAUAAUACAGCAAUGAAAAGAAAACCUAACAAGAAAUUACUUAAAUACUACUACUUAUAUAGUAUACACACACACACACAAGCUUAACAUUAAACUACACUAAUACUGUUAAACAUAUGAGAAAAUCUCCACAAAUUUGAAGCGAGAGUGCAUUAAACUUUACUUACGUAUUUAGCUAAGAACAAAUUACACACAACAAACACAACGUAUACAAAUUUUAGAGACUCUUUUUGUACGUUCAUAAUUCAAAUUUUGAGUUGUAAUUUGUCUGGUCUUUAGUUCUCCUUAACGUGCAUAGGGAACGGAUACUAAAAAUGUAGCUAGUAGAAAUUUGAAUUGCUUACUUAACUUAAUGUAUAUCGAGUAUGCAACAUUAAAGGUCGACUAACGUUUUAAUAAUCCAUUGAAAACAAAAAAAAUAAGAUAACAAAGAUACACUUGAAUGCAUAGAUGAUGAGAUAAUAAAACGGCUUGCCAACUUUUUAAAGCUUAUCCGACACUACGCGUAGGACGUUUUAGAGAUAGAGCACAACAAUACAUAGCAUAGAAUGUGUUUCCCAAUACAUAAAUAUACAAUAACAGCAACAACAAGAACUACAACAACAACAACACCAAAAGCAUAAGUAAAUGAAAACGAUAUUGAAUGAAAUAUGUAAAAACACUUGAUAAACUUAAACUUGAGCCGCUGACCUCCAGCUGGAGGAGAGGUAUAUGGCAGUAAUUGCUUUGUAAAAUGAAAAAGAAUAUAACAAAUGAAAAAUAUAUACUUAUGUAGACAAACCGCAUACAUACGCGAAUGUAUGUGUGUAUGUUUGCGCUACAUGGCCUACACUUGCAUAAAA